AUGGAAAGGGUCGGCGAAUACGAAAUCGUGUCGGUCGUCGGUAGCGGCUCUUUUGGCAAGGCAGUCUUGGUGAGAGACAAAGCUGGGCGAAAGCUGAUUAUGAAGCUCAUCAAUACCCGGCAAAUGAACAAAGAAGACAUCGAGGAGGCCAAGAGAGAGAUACAGGUUUUGUCUAAAUUGGUUGAUGCUCCCUUCAUUGUUCACUACAGGAAUGCAUUCAACGAUACUUACCACGGAUAUCCUCAUCUGUGCAUCGUUAUGGACUUCUGCGAGGGCGGAGACAUGGGCAAGCUUAUUCGGGAAAGGAAGCGGCAGCGCAAAUACUUCAGUGAAGUUACCCUUCGGACCUGGCUGUUGCAGCUGUCGAUUGCUCUUGAGUAUAUGCACAAGCACAAAAUACUGCACAGAGACCUAAAGCCUGCCAACGUAUUUUUGGACGAAAGUAACUACAUCCGAGUUGGAGACUUGGGAUUGUCGAAAAUAUUGGAGUUUACGCUGCAGCAGGCAAAAACACAGUGUGGGACUCCAGCCUUCAUGGCACCUGAAUUGUGCAAGGGGAAGCCAUAUUCAUCGGCAGCAGAUAUUUGGGCGUUGGGAUGUAUAAUGAUAGAAGCGGCUACUUUCGAAUUGCCUUUCAGGGGUCUGAGUUUCCCUGAACUCAACAGGAAUAUCUGCAAUGCACCUGCCCCCAAAAUCCCCGACCGCUACUCUGCCGAACUGCGGAUAAUAUGCGACAAAAUGCUGAGCAAAGACCCAGCAAUGAGACCCACGGCGAGAGAUAUACUGGAGAGCCCUUGCCUCAAGAACGACUACUUGGCGUACAAGCAAAAAAAUCCGGGAGUUUGA